AGUACGGUGACGCUUCAGCCAUGGCGCGGGAUCUCAAACUUUACUGUGUGCUGUUUCUAGCUACAAACUAACGACUAACUUUAGUUUCUAAAAGUUACCGUCAGUGUUGGUUUGCAACAAUGACGCAGUCAGUGGUUGUUCAAGUUGGCCAGUGCGGUAACCAAGUAGGCUGCAGGUUUUGGGAUCUUGCACUGAGGGAGCAUUCCCAUGUCAAUAAAAAAGGAAUAUACGAUGAAGCUCUGAGCAGCUUUUUUCGGAAUGUUGAUUCACGGAGGAGUGAAAGCGGAGCCCGUGACACCACUGGCGGGAGGAUCCAGUCAUUGAAAGCCCGGGCCGUCCUGGUGGACAUGGAGGAGGGUGUGGUGAACGAGCUGCUCCAGGGGCCCUUGAGGGAGGUGUUCGACACCACCCAGCUCAUCACCGACGUAUCUGGCUCUGGCAACAACUGGGCUGUGGGACACAUGAAGUACGGGACAGCGUACAGGGAGCAGAUCGUGGAGCAGCUGAGGAAGGCAGCAGAGCAUUGUGACUGUCUUCAGUGCUUCUUCCUCAUUCACUCCAUGGGCGGAGGGACGGGCUCGGGCUUGGGCACGCGUGUGCUGAACCUCCUGGAGGAGGAGUUCCCCGAGGUGUGUCGCAUCGUCACCUCGGUGUACCCCUCCGCUGAGGAUGAUGUCAUCACUUCCCCCUACAACAGCGUCCUGGCCAUGCAGGAGCUGACCGAGCACGCAGACUGCGUCUUGCCUGUGGAGAAUCAGUCAUUGGUGGACAUUGUUAACAAGAUCAAGCACAUGAGCCACAGAGCCAGGUCAGGUUCUUUGAUAAAGAAAGACUGCACUCUCAUCUCUGGCCAGGGGGGUGUCAGUGGGGCGGAAAAGCCCUUUGAUGCCAUGAACAACAUCGUGGCUAACCUGCUCCUCAACAUCACCAGCUCAGCUCGUUUUGAGGGAUCCCUCAACAUGGAUCUGAAUGAGAUAGCCAUGAACCUGGUUCCCUUCCCUCGUCUGCACUACCUGGUGCCCAGCCUCACCCCCCUGUACACCCUGUCUGAUGUCAACAUCCCCACCAGAAGGCUGGAUCAGAUGUUCACGGACGCCUUCAGUAAGGACCACCAGCUUCUCCAGGCUGACCCCAGACACAGCCUCUACCUGGCCUGCGCCCUCCUGGUCCGCGGGGACGUGCAGGUGUCUGACCUCCGCAGGAACAUCGAGAGACUGAGGCCUACGCUGCCCUUCGUCUCCUGGAACCAGGAGGGCUGGAAGACAGGCCUGUGCUCAGUCCCCCCCGUGGGCCACUCGCACUCCCUGCUGGCUCUGGCCAACAACACCUGUGUGAAGCUUACCUUCGUGGAGCUCCGAGAACGCUUCACCAAGCUCUACAGGAAGAAGGCUCACUUGCACCACUACCUCCAGGUGGAUGGGGUGGAGCAGGGCUGCUUCACCGAGGCUGUAGCCUCCCUCAGCUCUCUGAUCGAGGAGUACUGUCAGCUGGACGCCACCAAGGGGAACCUGACGCCGGACACCCCCAGACUCAAAAUGGCCUCUUGAAGGACCGGGCUGUUCCGCACGUGUUAGGAGAGAGCUGUGUGGAACGUAGGGUUUGUGUAUGUUUGUCUACUGUGAUAUUGUAUAAUUGUAAAUAACUGAUAAAACAAGUGUUUUCGUACAGGUUAUUUUUUAAUAAGUUACAAAGGUUAUUUCUUACCUUUCACUGUAAAUUGUUUUACUUGGAUUUAUGUCAAAAUAAAUACAUGUAAAGUU